AUGCAGUUUGCGUUACUGGUGUUCCUUUGCAGUUGCCUCAUGUGGCAAGUGAUGGAGUCUCAAAUGGUUUACAAGCUGAAAAAGAUCGAGUGCAACCCAAAUCCGUCGCGGGUACAAAACGUUACCUGUCGCUUGAAGCCAAUCAAUUGGAAUGUGGCGGAGGCCAAUAUGGACUGCGAUUUGGUUGAACCUAUAGUGCGCCCAAUGAUUCGCCUUCAGGUGCUCAAGAAGGACUACAGCAAUCAGUUCCAGCCAUUUCUAAUCGACGUUAAGUUCGGAAUCUGCGAUGUGGUGGAGAAGAGGAACUUCUUUCCCUACGGUCUGAUGCUUUGGAAGUUGCUGAAACGCUAUUCCAACGUUAACCACUCUUGUCCAUUCUCGGGUCACCUAAGCACGCGAAAUGGAAAUAUGGAAUCUGAAUUACUUCCACCUUUCCCAGAGGGUCUAUUUCAAUUCCGUAUUACAUUCUCGGAUAGCAAUUCAACCAACAGCGAUUACCUGGGCACUGUGAAAAUUUACAUUCAAGUCAUGGAGGCCAUAAAGAACAAAAAAAAAACAGCC